GUAAAGGCAGUCUCGGGAGGGGGCGGUCUCAUGACUGGAGCAGGCGGGGUUGUGCCGGGCCAGACUGACUCGCAGGAGCUGUACAAGGAAGGAAAGUGACAGCCCGAGACUGGGGGACAAGUUGGCCGGAGCCCGGGGGACUGCGAACAGGGAUGGAGGUGGGAUCGGUGGUUCGAGCAAUCUUUGAUUUCUGCCCCAGUGUGUCUGAAGAGCUGACGCUGUUUGCUGGGGAUGUCAUUGAAGUUCUGAGUGUAAUAGAUGAGUUCUGGCUCCUGGGCUCUAAAGAAGGAAUAACUGGCCAAUUUCCUGUGAGCUUUGUGGAAGAGCUGUCCAUCCCAAGUUUGAAGCAUGCAGAGAAGCUCUAUGUCUGCAUCAGUGAAUUUACCUCCCAUGAACCAGGAGCGCUCUGCUUGCAAAGAGGUGAUCUAGUGGUUCUGGAGGGAAAAUUGACUUCAAGUUGGUUACAAGGACGCAGUUGUUGGGGGUCCAAGGGAUUUUUCCCAUUAUCGUGUGUCCAGGAAUUUUAUCUGUCAUCCAGGAGCCGCCAGCUUUGUCAGAACUUUACUUUUGAGCUUCCAAGUUAUGCUAUUGGCCAGGCAAGAGCCAUUUUGGGACUUUCUGCUCAGCUGAAAGAGGAGCUGGAUUUUCGAGAAGGUGAUAUUAUUACAAUCACUGGUGUGCCAGAGUCUGGAUGGUUUGAGGGUGAACUAAAUGGGCAAAGAGGAAUAUUUCCAGAAGGCUUUGUAGAAUUGCUAAACCCCUUGAGGGUUUCUGAUGUUAGAAUUAUACAUAAUACAUAUGAUGACUUUAAACAAGACAAGCUAGAAGAUGUAGCAGAGUACCCUGUACAAGGAAAAUUCAACAGGGAAAACCACAGGGAAAGUGAAGACCAAGAUGUCACUUUUGCAAUUGCUCGUUAUAAAUUUGAGGCUAUGGAGCAGAGAGAGCUUGAUUUUGAAGUUGGUGAUAGGAUUAAAAUAAUUCAGACGCUAGAAGACGGGUGGCUUGAAGGGGAGUUGUAUGGAAAGAGAGGUAUUUUUCCUCACAGAUUUGUCAAAUUGGAGAGCUCUGUAAAAAAAUAUUUCCACCAGAAGUUAUCAGAGGGAACCACGAUCAGCAACACCUCACACAAUCUUGACGUAUCCUCUGCAGACAACAACACUGGUUCUAAUCCCCAUUACUGGGAUGUUCACGUAGAAGAUACCUCAAGUGUCUCAGCUGCUGAAUCUCAGGUGCAAAUUGCAAAUUCAGAACUUCAUUUAAAUAGUGAAAUUCCUAUAAAUGACUAUGAAACUCUAUAUAGCAAAUCUUCUAAGCCACAGCUACCUCCUCGCCCAAAGAGUAAAAUAUAUAGCAACCCUGCAAAUCCUGUUCAAUCCUGUGCUAAUAAAGGCAAGCAGAUUACAGCACAGUUGCCAUCGGGGUCUAAUGGUUCACAUGAAAAGUGGUCUUCCAAAACCGCCCUCUCUUUAAUUACACCUGAUGAGGCUCAGAGGACAGAGUUCAAGAACAAAAACAAUAGAAAAAGCAGCCUUCAGUACCAGGAUAUAGCUCUUUGGGUAGAGGAUCAGCAGCAGAAAUCUAAGAUGCAUUCUAACUCUAAAAAUAAACAGGAAAGUCCCUCCACAUAUUCAUGGUCUUCACAGGUAGAGAGGCCACAAAGCAGAACACAAAAGGUAAACAGUGGAUGUGAAUUAAUUGACCUGGACUUCAAAUUAUCUGAGCAACUUUCUCAGUUUGAAAAAAGCCUCUCCAACUCUACAGAAAAUGGCAACAAUCAUGUGUCAAGGCAUUUUUCAAUACUGGAUUACAGUUCUGAAACAGACAUUAUUAGAGGCACAUCUCAGCUCUCCAAAGUCCAAAAAUCACCAGAAAAAAGAAAAAUAUUAAGACCCCCUCCCCCUCGACCAACUAUCAGAUCUAAUUCCACUUCUAAUUCAUCUGUUAGAGGUAGGUCACAAAAAAGUGCAGAUGGAGAGAGCACAUCUUUUCCUUUCCCUCUCAAACCAUCCAGGCCUGCUCCACUGCCGCCACCAGGUAACCAAAGAAAUACACCCUCUCCUAAACCAUUACAAGUGAGCCCACAAACUGAGAACUUAAUUGCACCUGAAAACCAUGACCCUUCUUCAGAAGAGUGUGACAAAGGCCGUGCGUCACCAUGCCCCUUCUUGCAACUGAAGAUUGAAGAAGUUGAACGAGAGUUAGAUGUGUACAAAAAGACUCGUGAAGAGUUGACAUUAAUGCUUGAGGAAGAGCAAGAUGAAUUUGUGAGGACAGAAACCAUUGAAAACUUGGAAUUUUGUGACUCAAACAUAGAAAGUCUACAUGCAGAACUUCAGCAUCUAAAAGAAAUGACUUUGCUCUCCUCUCAGCCAGAAGGUGCGGAGCAGACUCCAUCCACUGCAGCUGCCACAGAGAAUUUGGAACAGAGAAUGCUGGAGAAGAGGUUGAAGGUGAUUGAGGAGCUGUUACAAACUGAGCGAGAUUACCUGAAGGACCUGGAGACAUGUGUGGAGCACAUCAUGGGACCCUUGCAGGCAAAGCAGAUGACCAGUGUGGAUUUUGAUGUUCUGUUUGGAAACAUCCAGAGUGUGAUUGACAUUUCUAAGAAAUUUCUAGCAGCUCUAGCAAGCUCUGACUCCGUUGGGACUGUUUUCCUUGACCAUGCCUCCGACCUGGAAAACGUCUACAAAGAGUACUGCCAGAAUCACGAAGAGACGAUUGCACUGCUGGAAGCAUAUGAGAAAGAUGAGAAAUUCCAGAAGAACUUGAUGGAAUGCAUUGAGACCGUCAAGAACCUUUACCAAGAAUGGGGCCGUACAAACUACAUUAACCUGGGUUCCUUCCUCAUCAAACCUGUGCAGAGGAUUAUGCGUUACCCUCUGCUCCUCAUGGAGCUUCUUGGCGCAACCCCUGAGUCUCACCCUGACAAAGCCCCUUUGAGAGAAGCUGUGCAGUCAGUGAAAGAAAUCAAUGGCAAUAUCAAUGAGUACAAGCGCAGGAAGGACUUGGUUCUAAAAUACCGCAAAGGGGAUGACAAUAGUUUGAUUGACAAAAUCUCCAAGCUUAAUAUUCACUCGAUCAUCAAGAAAUCCAAUCGGGUCAGCAGUCAUAUCAAACAACUCACAGGAUUUGCUCCCCAGAUCAAAGAUGAAGCAUUUGAGGAGACUGAGAAAAACUUCAGAAUGCAGGAAAGGCUCAUCAAAAGCUUCAUACGGGAUCUUUCUGUGUAUCUGCAGCAUGUCAGGGAAUCUGCCUGUGUGAAAGUGUUGGCCGCUAUGAGUAUGUGGGAUCUGUAUGCAGACAAAGCAACCAGUGAUCUGGAGAAGUUCCACAAAGCCCAUCGUUACAUCAGCGAGAAGCUUUUCACUGAUUUUAAACAAAGGACAGAAAAGCUGGUCAUUUCGCCCCUGAAUCAGCUUUUGAAUAUGUUUGCUGGGCCACAUAAAUUGGUACAGAAACGCUUUGAUAAACUCCUGGACUUUCACAAUUGUACCGAGAGAGCAGAGAAACUGAAGGACAAGAAAACUCAGGAAGAGCUCCAGUCUGCCAGGAAUAACUAUGAAGCUUUAAACGCCCAAUUGCUUGAUGAGCUACCGAAAUUUCACAACUUCGCCAAGGAACUUUUCGGCAGCUGCAUGCGAGGCUAUGCCAGUGCACACUGCGAGUUUGUGAAGCUUGCUUUGGAGGAAUUGAAACCAUUAUUAACGCUGCUGGGAGUUGGAGCCACAGAAGGGAACCUGAUUGCCAUUUUCCAGGAGGAGCACAGCAAGGUUCUGCAGCAACUUCAGGUCUUUACCUUUUUCCCAGAAAAUCUACCACCUUCCAAGAAGCCUUUUGAGCGGAAGACCAUUGAACGGCAGUCGGUUAGAAAAGCCAUCCCAAGCCCGGCCAAAUACAUCCCGCAGCUCGAUGAACACCGUGUUGCAGUGCUGGCCAGGUAUCCACCAGAGAAACUCUUCCAAGCAGAACGGAUCUAUAAUGCUGCUCAGGAUUUGGAUGUUUCUUUACAGGAAGGUGAUCUUGUUGGGGUGAUUAAACAACAAGAUCCCAUGGGAAGUCAGAACCGCUGGCUCAUUGACAAUGGGGUCACCAAAGGUUUUGUCUACUGCUCAUUCCUGAAGCCUUACAAUCCUCGACAGAGUCAUUCUGAUGCGUCUGUUGGGAGCCAGUCUUCUACGGAGUCAGGCUAUGGCGGUUCCUCACCCAACUUUUCAAGGCAGAAUAGCAACAAUACCUUGACAUUUAACCCAGGCAAUGCAACAGUAGCCUUCACAACGGGAUCCACUGCAAAACACAGUACGGAUUCUACAUCCACAAGUCGUGGUCCAGAAGACUCCCCUGUCUGUCCGCCUGAUAACAAUCUCGCUAACAAGUCAAGUGAAACAGAGGUGAAUACACAGCCACAGACUAGUGAAAAGGUGGCAAAAAAUAGUCCAGACACUGAAUCAAAUAACCGCAGGAGGCAGACCGAAAAUGGGAUUGGUGUCAUCUCCCAAAAUAACGGAGACAAAGAAGAGCAGUUUGAUAGCCGUAAAGCAUUUAAAAAGAAGACAUCUUCCCCUGUUGGUAGCGACUGUGAACUAGAUGGAUGUGAACUUGAAGGGAACCAAGUGUAUUAUGCAGUGUAUACAUUCAAAGCACGCUCUCCAAAUGAACUUUCAGUGUCAGCCAAUCAAAGACUUAAUAUCCUGGAGUUCAGAGACAUGAAUGGCAAUGGAGAGUGGUGGUUGGCAGAGGUAGAUGGAAGGCGUGGCUAUGUGCCAUCCAACUACAUCCGUAAAACGGAAUAUACGUGAAAUGGACCUUCUCGAUGAGCCUGUGAACACUACAGACAUAACAAAAUUCAGUUGUGCCUUUUGUGGAUGAAUUCCUCAUGGGUUUCCUUUCUUUUUUUGCUGCUGAAAUCACUUGAACAAUAAUUACAGCUGAUGAGGCUUUAAUCUAGUAGACUUUGCGUCGGCUCCUGUCAAUGCAGGGAGUGUUCUAUGGGAAUUGAUGCAUUUUUUGGCAAAUUUAAAGAGCAAGAGCAGACAGGAGAAAUCAAACUUUGGUUUGAUCUGUUUUAUUCAUUGCAGCAAUACAGGGCAUUCUGCUCCAAAGUAUUUCUGGCUUCAGUGCAGUGUGGGUGAGGCGUCACCGAGAACAUAUAUCCACUUGCGGGACAUGCUGUGAAUGGUUUUCUGUGAUCAUUAAAUUUGCACAAUCUCUGAUUUUUUCAGUUACUCAGUAAGCAUUCCUUAGGUUCCGCAAUGGGAGAACCUUGCAGGAUAUGUGUGUCCGGUUGUUAUAUGGAUGAAGUAUAGUGUGCAGCCAUACAUCUGUCUUUUUGCAGGAAUGGGUGCAGCUCCCCAGGGUCUAUAGGAGCGUCCAGUGCAUGUUAUAUGAUGCUGCAUUUUUCUCUGCAUUAGGAUAUAUUUUUUCCAUGGUGGACAACAUUUAUAUGCAGAUAGCCGCAACAUCAGUGUAUGUAGCCACUGAUGCAGCAUCCACCCCAUUAUAUUUCCAUCUCCCGCCUGAUGUACAUCUAGGGCAAGGGCAGGCAGGGUGCAAUACACAGCAGUUCUACCUGAAAAUUCUCAAUUUCUCUAUUCUCAAACUCCAUUUGCAUUUAUCUGUUUCCAUAAAGGCCACGGACAGAUUCCAAAGUGAUGCCCACAUUGUGUUGCUGUGAGGUAUUACAUAAACCAAACAGUAUUAUCGACAUCACGGAUCCCCAACCUUUUAAGCCUGUGAGCAACAUUCAGAAGUAAAAGGAGUUGGAGAGCAACACACUAGCAUGAAAAAUGUUCUUGGGUGCUGUGAUUGGCCAUUUGGUAGCCCCUAUGUCUAUUGUCAACCUACAUUGAGUCUCUGUUUGGCAGUGUACCUGGUUUUUAUGCACCCAAAACUUGCCUCCAUGCCUGGAAUUCAAAAAUAAGCUCCUGCUUUGAGGCCACUGGGAGCAACAUCCAAGGUGUUGGAGAGCAACAUGUUACUCAUGAGCUAUUGGUUGGGGAUCACUGAUCUACAUUAACAACAUUUCAAAUAUAGCAAAACAGUAGUUGAACCAGGACAUUGGUGUCUAUGUUGCCUUGAAUUCAGCAGAUAAUCAGCACAUAGCUGUAAUUGGGGGACCAUCACCGUAGGACUCCACAGCACUUAAUAGCACAGCAGAACAAAUGAAUCUUACAAACAUCCAGGGUGAAUGGAGCCAGGCAAGCGGCAUGUAUAUAAAUGUAUAAAUUCCUAUGAAAUAAAGCAUUUUGUACUGUGUGUAUCAUACAAGCAUUAAGUGGAGCAGGGAGAUCAAAGCGUGGCUAGUAGCCGCCGAUAGAUACCAAGGCUGGAGGACCACAGACAAAGAAAAGGAAUAACUACUGAUGCAUCUGGGCAGCCAUCUUGUUUGUAAAUUCCAUAGAUAUGUAUUUUUUUAGGCUUACAUGCAUUUUUACAAUGUAGCAUUUGCACAUAUUAAAUAGGCACCUUUUUAGAAAAUGAAAGUACGUUUUGACUUUUACCUUUUCUUGUUAGAACAAAGCUGUAUGAUAUGAUUGUGUAUUUUUAUAUCUUCGAGUUUUUGGGGUUUUUUUUCAAAAGGGAUAAUGAGGUUGCUGAAAUGAGGAGGGUAGUCUGUGUUUCAGAGGAAAGAGCAGUCGUUCAUUCUGUGCAGUGAUACACAGCAGCAAUAAACCUCUAGUUCUAUCAUUA